AUGGCCGUGUCUACUCCCAAUUGGAGGUCAAUAUACUUCAUCACAAUAGGAAUCCGAUUUUGCCUUACACUAGCAGACUCUUACAUUCAUCCAGAUGAACAUUUCCAGUCAUUCGAACCACUUGGCCUGCUACUAGGCUAUUCGACCAAUCCACCGUGGGAAUUCUCCGCUGAAGCUCCUGCUCGAAGCUAUGCCUUGUUGAUGUUGCUAUACUAUCCUGUGAUUUACCUUAGCUCGACAUUUGGACUUCUGCCACUACAAACUAGGUAUUUGGCACGACUUGAACUCAUGCUAGUGUCAUGGGUAGUUACUGAUUGGUGUCUCUACCGAAUGCUUCCUACGAAGCAAGAACGGAUCAAGGCUAUUUACUUUGCUCUGACAUCGUACGUUACUUUGGUUUACCAGAGCCAUACCUUCUCAAAUUCUGUUGAAACAGUGUUGGUGAUGCUCACAGUUUUUAUGAUCAAUGAGUUGAGGUUCCUUUCAACCACACCAGAGAAUCAAUAUAAUUUCCGAGAGAUUGGGAUCUUAGCAGCCGGAUUAGGUGUGGUAGGUGCUAUUGGUGUGUUUAAUCGAGUCACAUUUCCAGCCUUCUUUGUAUUUCCAGCCUUCUUUUACCUACAGUGUUGGAGGAAAUGGAGGCUGUUGAUUUUGUUCACUGGAGUGCCAUUUUUGAUUGUUUCGGCUCUUUUUAUUGUUGCAGAUACCGCUAUUUUCACACAAGCCUCUGUUUGGACCAUCUUGAAGACAUUCAAAUGGGAUCAAUACAAAGUGGCCCCGCUUAACAAUUUGAUCUACAACACUCACCAUGCUAAUCUUGCACAACACGGAAUUCACCCAUAUUACACGCAUGCUGUUAUCAAUUUACCUCAGUUAUUGGGUCCAGGUCUUGCCUUCGUCUUUUACGGCUUCAAGAACAGAUACUGGAGAACCACUCCAUUUGUCACCGCUGCCAGUGGCCUUUUCUUCCUUUCCCUUGUCCCACACCAAGAGGUUAGGUUUUUAAUUCCUGUUGUUCCAUUGCUUUGUUGCUGCUUCGACAUGGAGGUAUUCGAUCGUAAACCCGAAUCCAGUAACGAUGAAAACAUGAAAGAAAAAACUGAUAAUGCAACGGAACCCAAGUCUAGGAGAACCAGUGCUCUCCCUGCCGCUGUACUCAACUUAUGGUACUUGUUCAACUCGGCACUAGCACUUCUCAUGGGAAUUUACCAUCAGGGCGGCGUAGUACCAGCGGUUGAUUAUUUGCAUGACUUCAUAUACCAUGAUCCCACCGACAAAUCACUGGGUGUUACAGCCCAGAUUUGGUGGAGAACAUACUCACCCCCAACUUGGAUGUUGGGAGAUAAACACAAUUCUACUCAGUUCAUCACACUUAGUGAUGACAACGUCGAUUUCUUUAUUGAUGCUUCUAAGUCAAACCUUUUAUUCGAUACAAUGGGAUUGGAAAUUGACCUGUUGCAAAAGGUUAUCACAACUGUCAAGUCUUUCGCUGCAAAGACAUACUUAAUUACCCCAGUGGCUUCAUUCAACAAAAAUUUUGACUGUCCACACAAUGUUAUAUGGAAAAUCAAGCAACAUUUGGAUAUGGAUCACCUAGACAUUGGGGACAUCCAAAGUCUACAGCCAGGACUUGGCAUCUUCGAACUUCUCUAA